GCAAUGUGUGAGCUGUCAAUGGGUUUGUCACAGAAAACAGUGGUGGUUGUGAGAUGAUUUCACUAUUUUGCUAAAUUUUCCGUGAUUUAGACCCUCAACGGGGCAGAUAAUGGUGCAAAAUUGUCGUGUGCAGUGCUGUGAGUGAAGUAACCCAAAUGGCAGAGAGCAGUGGCACGGAUAGUUCCGAGGAAUUCUUCGAUGCUGAAGACAAUACACCAAAUCGGAAAAAAUCCCCCAAAAACGCCAAUGUGAACAACAAAGGAUUCGUUUUUCCGGAACCAGCUGUGCCUGGGGCCGCAACGAGGAAAACACCACCUGGGAGCACAGGUGGCUCUCGUGUUUCCUCCGCAACGAACUCUUCCUCAUCAUCCUCCGUGACGGUGCAAUUGACGCAAUUCCAGCAGCCAGCUUCCCUCCAGGAAGUGCUGAGCAGUAGCUCCUCCACACGCGACGAUGAUUUCGUCAAGUCUAAACCCCAAGGAUUUGGUAGACAACGCUUCCGUGAGUUGCGCCAGUGCAUGCAAUACGACGAAGAUGAGAAUCCUGGCAACACUCUGACGCCAGAUUCACAGAAUAGCUCAGUUGAAGGUGUCUUCCCAACACCGAGACCAUCUCAUCCAUUUCGGAUCAUUGAGCAUGACACAGUGAGUGUACAGAGCAUGACUUCAUUGGGCCGCGUUGGACGCAUCUUGGCCGGAAGCAUUGAUCCAUCAGGUAUUAGCGUUGGACGUGAUUCAAAUCAAUUAUCCUCAGGAGGAUCAUCGAAGGUGUCACCACAGAAUUCGAGUGGAGCAGGAAGUGGACCAAGUGGGAGUAUUGGUGGGGGAAUGGGAGGUUCGCAGAUGUUGGUGGAUCAGCAGGAGAAUGCGCCUUUUGCCGUGGCUUCCAGUUCGACGAAGAGUGGUGAUUUAGGGGAUAAGGAGAAGGGUAUUAGUAUUAAUUCCCAGAGUGACACGAGUUCCGUAUGUGAGGGAACACUCGAAGCUGCCCAAUGUGUGAGGCAGGAGGGAGGGGAGAGUUGUCCAGCAGGUAGUGGGAGUAUAAGUCUCCAGGAACCCGAUGUGAUUGCAAGCACAAAGUUGGCACACUCAAAAACAACGGACAGUAUGUCGCUGUCAGGCCCAAUUGCACCGCCGCGACGGAAAAAGAAGGGACGGAAGCUCUCUUCGAGUUCCUCGGAGCAAUUUAAUCUCAAUGAAGGCCUCAGAUUGCCACCAAAUGAUACUCAUCAACCUGCCGAGAACAUAGUGGCGGGGCACGAGCAGGUGGAGGGUCAAAGAGAAAGUGCAGAUGGGGACACAAAUGUGGUGCAGGAGACACCAACAAGUGCUAAACGUCCUCCGCAUUUGGGUUCAAUUGGACGCAUCAGUCAGAGCCUUGGGAGCUCUUCGCCGUCUGUCUACUCCAAAGCUAGUCCGUCGAAUAGUGCAAAGAGCAAUUCAGCACCAGGGCGGGUGAGUUCAAUUGAUCCCAGUCAGGGGCUAAAUCUUUACAAAGUUAUUCGCGGGCAGUACGUUGUGAAGCCCCAAGAUGAGGAGGCAAAUAAAGCCGAAGGGCCAUCGCAGGAGGAAAUUGCACGAAUUGAGAGGAUACGCGGGGAGAUUCUCAACAGUACUCCACGCGAUAGGGGGAUUAGUCUAUCGGGUACGGGAACUAAUAGCCUGGGAAGCGCAACAAGGUAUACGUCACGACCCAAUUAUGGGGCAACGAAGGAACGACGAAAGAGCGCCGGGGAUGAGGAGAUAAUACGCCAAAUGAAUGUGUAUGUGCGCACACGGACAGACUCCGGGAAGGUACUCAGUGACAUUGAAAUCCUCCAGCAGGUUCCGGUGAAGAAUUUAGACACUGGUGAGAAGUUUCCCCUAUCGGCGGUGGAGGAGAAAAUCCCCGCAACUGACCUCAAUCCACUUUCAUUGCACAUUUUGCGCCUCACGAGUCAUUUGGAGCGUGAAUCGGACGAUGAGAGUGUUGUAGGAAGACCUCCGGGCUCAGAGCCACCGCCCAUUGAUGAGGAAGAGGGUGAUGUUGAGGAUCGUGGACGAUUGAGGAGGAAUACAGCACGGCUGAAGAGAUUCUUCGGGUCAACAAUGCGAAAGACCGUUGAUAAGGCAAAAUCAAUUGCAUCGGAAGUGUCGCAUGCGAGGCAUAAAGAGGACGUGGCUGAUGUGGUGGAUGUUGUGAAUCCCGAGCAGAAUAUUAAGAUAAAGGCCUCCAGUACAAAUAAGGGUCCCUAUGAGUUUGCAAAGCUGCAGCAUGUGCAGGAUUUGUCGGGGGAACAUACUGGAGCUGUGUGGUGCAUGAAAUUCAGCUCAUGCGGACGACUUCUUGCCACAGCUGGGCAGGAUAAGGUGCUAAGGAUUUGGGUGCUGAAGGAUGCCUACCCAUUUUUUCAGGAUAUGAGGACAAAAUACAAUGCUGACCAGAAGUCAUCACCAACACCAUCCCAGGAAUCUCUCGUGUCGCACAAUUCUGCCGAGGAAGCUCUGGCAAUGGCGGCAGCAGCUGAGAAGUCUCCUGGGCCAUUUAUGCCGCGCUCCUUUUGCACGUACACGGGGCACACGUCAGACUUGUUGGAUGUGUCGUGGUCGAAGAAUUACUUUAUCCUCUCCAGCUCCAUGGAUAAGACCGUGCGUUUGUGGCAUAUUUCACGACGUGAAUGCCUCUGUUGCUUUCAACACAUUGACUUUGUUACGGCAAUUGCCUUUCAUCCGCGUGACGAUCGGUACUUCCUGAGUGGUAGUCUGGAUGGGAAGCUACGCCUGUGGAAUAUUCCGGAUAAGAAGGUGGCACUGUGGAAUGAGCUUGAUGGGCAGACGAAGCUGAUAACGGCGGCGAAUUUUUGUCAGAAUGGCAAAUUUGCCGUUGUGGGGUCGUACGAUGGACGAUGUAUCUUCUACACGACGGAUCAGAUGAAGUAUCACACGCAAAUACAUGUGCGAUCAACACGCGGCCGGAAUGCCAUCGGGCGGAAGAUCAGCGGCAUCGAACCCAUGCCGGGGGAGGAUAAAAUUCUCGUCACGAGCAACGAUAGUCGCGUGCGGCUGUAUGAUCUGCGUGAUCUCAAUCUCAGUUGCAAAUACAAGGGGUACCUCAAUGUGUCGUCACAGAUUAAGGCAUCCUUCAGUCACGACGGGAAGUACAUUGUGGCCGGGUCGGAGAAUCAAUGCAUCUACAUUUGGAAGACAAAUCACGAUUAUUCCAAACUCAGUUCCGUACGGAGGGAUAGAAGUGACUUCUGGGAGGGUAUUAAGGCACACAAUGCCACUGUAACUUGUGCCAUCUUUGCCCCACAUCCUGAGGCAAUUAUCAAGCCAGAACCCGAUGAUGAGAUAUCCCCGGAAAAUACGCAGCAAAGUGUCCCAGAUCCAUUGGUGGAGCAGCACAAAAAGGGUUGUGGGUACGUGUUGGUUAGUGCCGACUUCAAUGGCGCCAUCAAAGUCUUCAUAAAUAAGACAAAACCCAAGCACAGCAGUUUGCCAUACACAGCAAUUCUCGAUUGAGUCCACCCCCACCCCCUUCCCUCCCGAAUUAAUUUGGUAAAAUAAGCAAAAAAUCUCUCACCAUAAACUAUUAAAUUCUCAAUGUGAUGCGCCAUUGCAGCAGAUUCUUUAUUUCUUUAUAUUUCUCAUAGGGUUUGUCAAAAGGUUCAAAAGAAGGGAAAAUUGAAGGGUAAAAAAAGUGAGAAAAUUUUCGUAGUUAGUGUUUUAACAAUUCGUGCAUAAAAUUGCGCCUUUUUGCGACAUCAAAAGUUGUUGAAUUUUGCGUAUUAUAUUAGAGAAGAAAAUGAAUAAAAUGUGUGUGUGUGUGUAUUGUAUAGGCUGUCCCGCGAGAGAGCUUCUAAAAUCUAUUAUUAUAAAAAUUUAUGUAAAAAAAAAUCACCAACACCAGAAGAUAAGAAGAUAAUAACUUUCUUCUCUCCCCAAUUUUUGUUUAUUUUUACACAUAUUUAUUAGCACAGCACGACACGUGAGAUUGAGAUUUUGUUACCAAUUUUGUGCCCAAAUUAUUUAAUUUUUUGUCAAUCAUUUUUUUCUCUUCUCUCUCGUUAGCCAUUUUGGAAGCGAUUGAGAGAUGCAAUGUGGAUUUUAAGGUGUAGUAAUUGAAGAUAAAAAAAAACAAAGUAUUUGUUGUGUAAUUAACAUUAUUUGUAAAAGGAUAUAAAAGUAUGCCGAUGAUGGGUGAAUAAAAGUGGAUGAAAAAUCAAA